AUUUCUUCUUAUUUCUUUUCUGAAGUCCGCCCCCCAGGUGUUAAUCAUUCCACAUGCAGAUGCUUUCUCCAUAAAGCGACUUCCGCAUAUUGUUCUACUGGACAGCCCAAGCACUACUUAACUGGAUUUUCCGCCCUUUUCCUCCCAUUUUGACAAAUAGUAAAAUACCCUCAUAUAUUCUCUCCCUCUGCCCACCGCCUUCACAACUCCUCAAAAAUGGCUCGACCACCCCUCUCCCAAAACCGCACCCUGUCCAUCCUCAACGCAGCCCGCGAUGGAGGCUACGCCGUCGUCGGCACAUGCUGCUACAACAUCGAAGCCGUACUAGCCAGCGUCCGCGCCGCCGAGAAGAAGAAGUCCCCCUGCGUCGUGCAGCUCUUCCCCUGGGCCAUGCAAUACGCCGGCGACGCCCUCGUCCUCGCCGCCGCCUCCCUAUGCCACAGCGCCUCCGUCCCCGUCUCGCUGCACCUGGACCACUGCCAGACCCCGGAGCUGGUGCGCCGCGCCGCCGACAUCCCCGACGGCUUCGACAGCAUCAUGUGCGACAUGAGCCACUACGAGAAGGAGGAGAACCUCGCGCUGACCAAGGACCUCGUCGCCUACUGCCACGCCCGCGCCAUCGCCACCGAGGCCGAGCCGGGCCGCAUCGAGGGAGGCGAGGACGGCGUCGCGAGCACCGCCGAUUUGGAGGGCGUCCUGACCACCCCCGACGAGGCCGAGCUGUUCGUCGCCACCGGGAUCGAGAUGUUGGCGCCUUCGUUCGGGAACGUCCAUGGCGAGUACGGCCCCCGCGGCAUCCAGCUGGAGUUUGACCGGCUCGAGGCCGUCCACAAGGCCGUCGGCGAUAGGGUGCGGCUGGUCCUGCAUGGCGCCGACCCCAUCACCGAGGACGUCUUCCACCGCUGCAUUGCCAAUGGCAUCACCAAGGUCAACAUCAACAAGGGAGUCAACAACGCCUACGCCAAGUCGCAGGAGGAGACCCGCGGGAAGCCUAUUACUGCCGUCAUGGAGGCGGGGACCAACAAGAUGCAGGAGGCGGUUGAGUGGUACAUGGACUGCUUCCGUAGCACGGGAAAGGCAUAAGGGGCGGGUGGGUGUGUUAAUGGUCUACGAGGUAUGAUGGCUGUUGGUUCAAAAAGUUGCCCGGAUGAGGCCAAAACGUUUCAUCAUGGCCAUUGAGAAAGGAAAAAUAAAUAAAUAAAAAAAGCAAGGAUAUCGUCUCUUCUUCUCAUAUUGGGGAUAAUGGAAUGGGAAUGGUAUUAUGUAUAAUUAUGGUGUCCUUUCUAUAAAGCCCGGUAAGCCUCAUCCGUCGCUGUCUCGAUGUAUGUAUAUACAGAUUGGCUUGCUAGUACUGCACAUUCGGGUUUUCUUCUUUCAUUAGAUGCUAGUAGGGCAGACAGAGCAUGUCUCCUAGAGCUCCAACGGCCCCUUGUCGUCACCAAAGAUCUUCUUAUGCCAUG